AUGUCCUCAGUUGUAGCCCCCGAAAAACCCACCUCCAACACAAUGGGCCCCAAAGAGGUGGAGCUGAUCCUGGUGAAGGAGCAGAAUGGGGUCCAGUUCACCUCGACCACCCUUGUGGCUCCUGCUCCAAAUCAGACCAACCCCAGUGGGGAGGAGGAGCGGGAGACCUGGGGGAAGAAGAUCGACUUCCUCCUGUCUGUAAUCGGGUUCGCUGUAGACCUGGCCAAUGUGUGGAGAUUCCCGUACCUCUGCUACAAGAAUGGAGGAGGUGCGUUCCUGGUGCCUUACCUGUUCUUCAUGGUGAUAGCAGGCAUGCCUCUCUUCUACAUGGAGCUGGCUCUGGGACAGUAUAACAGAGAGGGGGCAGCAGGGGUCUGGAAGAUCUGCCCGUUAUUUAAAGGUGUGGGCUUCACCGUGAUCCUCAUAUCCCUAUACGUUGGUUUCUACUAUAACGUCAUCAUCUCCUGGGCACUGUUCUACCUUUUCUCAUCAUUCACUGGUGAUCUACCAUGGGUCCAUUGCAACAACACGUGGAACAGUCCAAACUGCUCCGACUGGGCUGACAACAGCUCAGUCAGUGACAUUUACAAGGCCACCCCAGCACAGGAGUACUUUGAUCGAGCGGUCCUCCACAUCCAGGACAGUAAUGGGAUCCACGAUCUGGGGCGCCCACGGUGGCAGUUGACUUCCUGUCUGGCUGUAGUGAUUGUCCUGCUCUACUUUAGUCUUUGGAAGGGGGUCAAGACUUCUGGAAAGGUUGUGUGGAUCACAGCUACGAUGCCCUAUGUGGUCCUGACUGUGCUGCUGCUCCGGGGAGUCACUCUGCCUGGAGCCAUCGAUGGCAUUAAGGCAUACCUCUCCGUAGACUUCCUGAGACUCUGUGAUGCCAAGGUCUGGUUUGAGGCUGCAACACAGAUCUGUUUCUCUCUGGGAGUGGGGUUUGGUGUGCUAAUUGCCUUUUCCAGCUACAACAAAUUCAGCAACAACUGCUACAGAGACGCCAUCAUUACCAGCUCCAUCAACUCUCUGACUAGUUUCUUCUCCGGGUUUGUGGUCUUCUCCUUCCUGGGAUACAUGUCUCACAAGCACAACGUGCCACUGGACAAGGUUGCCAGAGACGGUGCUGGUUUGGUGUUUGUCAUUUACCCUGAAGCCAUUGCAACACUACCUGGUUCAUCAAUAUGGGCAGUUAUCUUCUUCAUCAUGCUUUUGACACUUGGCAUUGACAGUGCUAUGGGUGGGAUGGAAUCGGUGAUCACCGGGCUGAUUGAUGAGUUUAAAUUCCUCCACAAGCACAGGGAGGUGUUCACCCUCUUCAUCGUGGCAGCCACCUUCCUAAUAUCACUCUUCUGUGUUACGAAUGGUGGGAUGUACGUGUUCACUCUUCUGGACUACUUUGCUGCAGGGACAUCGAUCCUCUUUGGAGUGCUUAUUGAAGCCAUCGGCAUUGCUUGGUUUUACGGAGUGGACCGAUUCAGCGAUGAUAUCGAGGAGAUGAUUGGCCAGAGACCAGGAAUCUACUGGAGGCUUUGCUGGAAGUUUGUCAGCCCCUGCUUCCUUCUAUUCAUGGUGGUGGUGAGCUUUGCCACGUUUAACCCUCCACACUAUGGCUCCUAUAUGUUUCCUCCUUGGGCUAACAUGGUGGGAUGGUGUCUGGCCAUGUCCUCGAUGGCAAUGGUGCCUCUCUACGCCAUCUACAAACUCUGCACAUUGCCUGGGAAGUUCUGUGAUAGACUGGCUUAUGCCAUCACUCCAGAAUCAGAGCAUCACUUGGUUGACAAUGGUGAGGUCCGGCAGUUUACACUGCAUCACUGGUUGGUAGUCUGAAACACAAAAAGAGAGUAAGAAGAGAGAGAGGAUGAGAGUAUGGGUCUUGGGUGGAUGGAUGAGUGCAAAGCAAAGGUCUGAAGAGCUAAAAAGAGAUAGCUAUUUAAAUAAAGCCCAGCGAUGGCGGAGGUGGUGAUAGCCGUUUUAAAAGUGCCGACAAAAACCCAUAAAUUGUAGUGUUUUUAAAUUUCAACAGUGGAUGUGUAACGCUGCGCACUGACCCUCUUCACUGCCGUGUUCACACUGGUGAGUGAGAUUCAGUGACGCAGCACAUGUGUUGUUCGGAGUACUUCUUCCAUUACUAUAAAACUCUGGUUUGAGGAAUAUUGUGCAAGUUUUAAGGUUUUGCACCUGUAUUUGUUACAAUACUACUUUUCAUUUGGAGCGAGCAUAAAGCAAGUGAAUGGAUCCAUUUCUUUCAUAUUCACAUUGUGACAAGUGCAAGGUGACUCAAAAUGAAACAGUAAAACUCAAAGCUGCAUGGUAUUAACGAGGCACAGUGUACAAUAUAGAGAUUUAGUAUUUUGUUAAUAUACAUGGUUUGAGUAUAUCCAGUCACACAGAAGAGUUUAUUUGUAAAAUGCAGGUUUUUUUAUUUAUAUUUAUUUAUAUUAUCUCAGCCAGUUAUUCGAUUGGAUCCCAGUCCAUGUCCUUGUCUUGUUUGUAGUAUUUAUGGAGUUACUUGCUUUUCUUAAAGACUGUUAUAAUGCACCAGUUCCUGCUAACUUUGGGUAACAGACACAAUACAGUUUAUCAAAACACUUUACUGGAAUUAUCAUUUAUUACAUCAUCACAAAACUGUAUAAGUACCCAAGCUUCCUCACCAAACAUGAUCCUUUUUUCCAUAAACACAGAGGUCACAUCCAUUACAAGUACAUCCAUUACAAGUCAAGAGAAUUGAUUGGUGUGAGUUUUCAAAAGUUGAUUUGUUGUAGAUUAUAAGUCCAUCACAUAGUUGACCAUAUUCUAAACUAAAGAUCCUCAAACUUAAUUUAAAAAACAUUGAAACAGCUCCUAAGUAGCCUAAGCGAGUAAACACUGAAACAUGUAAUCAGUGACACAGAGACAAAAUGAACUACACUACUGAUCCACUCAACCAAAGACUUCAAUGAACUCAGAUAUCCAUCGAUUGCUUUCUCAUGAUAUGAAAAUACUUUGCCAAGGGAAUUUCUUUCAAUAGACCACUUGAUUGUUAAAUUUACCCUGCCAGGUAUGGAGGACAGAAGCUGCCAAACAAAAAGAGGAACAGUAUUAACAAAAGUGUCCAAACAAGAGUGGAGAUUAAUUGGUUGAUACAUUUUGACACAGAUACGUUAAUUCACUGAUCAAUAUAAACUAGAUCGUAUCUUACGGGGGAAGUAAUAUAUGGUUUUCAUCUUGUGCUUGCUCUGCCUCAUUCUUCAGUGUUAAAUUGAGUUCCCUGAUUAUGGACAGAUUGCUUUGAUUGAGUAACCACUAGCUAAGUGUUGCUACCUGUAGCCUCCGCUAGCUUGACUCAGCUGAACAUGGACCUUGUAGUCCCAAGCACUCUACCAAGUUCAUGAGCUCCGAGCCCUGAUUUCAUUAUUGACAUAUUUGCUUUGGAACACUGGGACACCAGGGAAAACAACACAGGGACACUAAUGGGGGCUUGAAUUGGGUGGUCAGCCAAAUACUGGGCUCAGGAGCUGGCAACAAAAACAUCCUCUGAGCAAAUGUUCCAGGUAGGACUUUGACUCUGGAAACAACAUACACAUGGCAGGUUCAGGGCAGCCCAGAGAGGCAAAAUGCACAUUGCUGUUUUCUCCUUUUUUAGAUGCCAUCUAAAUGCAGGGUCAACUCUGCAUGUCAGCAUGUAUAGUCGUUCCUUACACUCUGUUGUUGAUCAGCUAAUAGUUAAAAGUCAUACCCCUGAAUUAUUUUCAAUAAAAGCUCACUCUUUCACAUAGUAAGGAAGAAAUGUAAUGCUAAAACUCAAAUCUUAGCGAGUUCAUUUGUCAUACUUCUAGUUAAAAAUAUGUUAAUAAAUCAAAUAUAAGCCACAUUCUCAUGAGGAGUCCAGAUAAACAUUUAAUUUCAAGAUAGAACAAGUUUAAAAAAACACUUCGUUGCUUGUAAUAAGCGAAACUUUCUGCCAAUGUAGGGGGAAAAAUGUGCUCAAGUUUCCUGUCAUCAGAAUAAUGUCUGAUUAUUUCGUAAGACUUAACAAGUACAUUUAUUUAGUACAUUGGCAGGUGUUUUUUACGCAUUACAAGCAAUUCAGGGUAUUAUUUUUAGCUUAAAAAAUAGAUAAACAUACAUUUAAAAUAAGUUUAAAAUAAUUACAUAUUAAAAAAAUAACUAAUUGAAAUUAUUACUCAGUUUUUGGUUGAAAGUUCACUAAUAGUUAUGUUGUCUGAGCAACUGAUAGAUAGUGGAAUAAAUACAAAAGAAGCAAGAAUUUCAGAAGCAAAUUUAACUGAAAUAUCCUUCAGCGUAAAAACUAAAAAACUGAUUUAUGCCUUUUAACACUGCUAUUAUCGGUACAAGUAAUAAGUGUUCCUUUAUUCAUAGAGUUUUUGUUUUUACUAGUAUUGUUAUUUUUCUUCUGCAGCUUGUGUCCUCCAUAGCCAGGUCAGUCAUUGUAUCUUCCCAGUUGUAACAUGUCAGUGCAAGCACAUAUUUAUACCUAAUUAAAGAUUUGUGUUUUUUAUUCUGCACAAAGAUUCAGUUGUUGGUUUUGAAGCUAUGACUGUCACAUUUUCAGAAAGCAUAAAGCUUUAAUUUUACUGUUUACAGAAUCCAUUCCGAGUUUCACGACUGUUUAAAAAGCUGCUUUUUAUUGAACUGCAAAUGAACUGUGUGUAAUGUCAUAUAUGAAGUAAUUCAAAUUAUUCAUCUGUAAAAUUAAUGUAAUGUAGAGGGGCUCGUAUCGUAUUGUACUGUAUGAUAUUUAAUAACAAGAACUACAAGAGAAUAUAUGGGUUAUUGUUUUGUUAAUGUGUGGUAGACAUAUAUUAGCCUUAAAAAUCUUGAUGAGAAUUAAAUGGAAACUUCAUAUAAACCUUGUUCUCAUGAAGUCUUUCUGUUUUAUCAGAUCCAUCAUUUCAAACUGGUAAGACUUGUUUUCACCUUGUGGUACAUGUAACAAACUAAAGGGUUCAUUACGUCACAAAUUGUAUGCCUGUGCUGCUGUAAUGUGCCUUGUGGUGUUUCCAAUUGUAUGACUUUGUUUUGUACCGUCAAAUAAUGUAUGGUUAAUUAAAUUACAACAUAUUAAAUAUC